GUUCUUUCCUGUUCCGGGGCACGGGGUCCAGGAGAGGGCGGCAGGAAACGGGACGGUCGCAGACGGGCACAAGGACGUUUCCGCACAGGGCAGCUAUGAGCAGACAGAAGGGUCAGACACAAGCAGGCACAAAGAUUCCGCUGCAGUGGGCAGGAGUGAAGUGCCCGUAGCAGACGACACAGUUGGGAGUAAGCACGAGUUAGACAGGCAUGAGAAUAGUGGUGCAAAGGACAGCCUAGCGUUGCCUGAGGCCAGCCCCGUGUGGAAAAGGUUGUCCCAAGAGGAGGCCAAGCAGAAACUGAAGGAGACGCUUGCAAAGAAGCAGGCGCAGAAAGCAGCAGACAGCCGCGAGACAGCGUCUGGGGAUGAAGGUGAUACAGUGGAAGAGUUGGAGAAGGAAAAACGUGGCUUGAAUGUAACGGAAGAGGAUUCUUUAACAGGCAUUCCUGAGGAAGUUCCAACCAAUCAGGGCUCUCCUAGGAGGGAGGCUGUUCCAGCAAGCGGGCUCACUCCCUCCGACCUGAGCUUGGCAAGUUCCUCCACGAGUUACGAGAACAUCCCGGGCCAGCAGUGGGACAGCACCAGCGAGUCGGCUUCCUCAAGGUCGGUCUCAAGGUCAGAGACAGCAGAAAACUUGGUGGAACUCUCCAGGACUACAGAACACUCCAACAGUGAAAUCCAACACGAAAAGAAUAUAGUCAGCCUCCAGAUAACGAGAGUAGGGUCAAACGCUGAGAGUGACAGGUCGGAGGUCGAAGGUCAAGGCAUAGGUCAGAGGUUAUCUGAAGGUGAGCUGCAGGACACGACCUUGACGGAUCUGACCAGCGUGACGAGCAUGGACAGCCUCAGCGCCCUGUCCAGCCCUGCCGCCGAGGACCCCGCGGAAACAGUUCCCGCGGAGACGGUUGCCAUGGAGACAGUGGCAAAGGAGCAUGCUGGGAAGAGCAUGUCGAACUCGGUGCACGUUGAGAAGACGAUGGUGGUGGAGUACCGGCCGGAGUCGGCAGAGAUCGUUCGGAGACGCGGUGCGGGCGCCGCAGAGGGCGAGAUCUCACCGGCAAGCACGGAGAAACUCCUACAGGAUCUGCAGCCGUUCGCUGCACUUUGUCAUGGCUCCAACCCCAAGACACAAAGCCGCGUGUCGUCCAUUCUGUACGAGUCUGUGCUGAAACAGGAGAUGGAGAACGAAGGUUCAGAAUCGGAGCUGACGUCCACUGAAGAUCGGGACAGCGCUAGUUCCUCCGACGCCUCCCCGUUCCCCUCCCCUAGUCCGAGCUCGCCGGGCAUGCCGGACUUCGACGCCAUCAUCGCGGAGACAGCAGAGCUCAGCGCUGACAGCAACGGGGCGAGGGAACGCGAGGACAGCGGGUUUGAACAGCCCGUGGACGAAACGGCAGAAUGGGACCAGAUCGCCAGUAUCAUGUCAUCGUUCGGUGGUGGCCUGGUGAGAGAGUCCGUGUACACUGCAAAGCUGGAGGGCAACUUCCAGCAGCUCAUCAGAGGUGUGUCCAACCCCCGCACAGUUGGGGAGUGGCUGCAGCAGCUGGAACUGCAGCAGUACGAGAAUGUCUUCAUCAGUCACGGCUUCGACAACCUCAAGUUCAUGGGAGGAAGCAUCCUGGAGGACCAGGACCUGGUAGAGAUGGGUGUGGCGGACCCCGCCCACCGCGAAGCCAUCCUCUCGGCCACGGCAUCCCUCCCCACCCUCCUCCCCAUGGGUGAGGGGGAGGGGGAGCACCACUCGCCCGUCCCCGAGAGUAUCGAGGAGUGGCUGGAGUCCCUGGAGCUGCCGGAGUACGGAGAAUACUUCACCAAGCACGGCGUCAUCUCCAUGGACAGGGUCAGGAAAAUGUGGGAGGUCGAACUCAAUGUGCUUGAGAUCACGACUUUAGGCCACAGGAAGAGAAUCCUGGCGUCGAUCGGUGAGCGGGAGCGGGACGAGAUGCCGGAGGAAAUGUCACCAGAGGAGACAACGGUGUGGAGCACGAGUCCUCUUUCUAAGACUGCGACGGAGUCCCUGCCCUCCCCAGAACCAUCCCCCAUCCAGGAGGUCGACCUUUUCAAGGACUACACCAAUGUCAAGUCUAAGUACCAGCCCACCGUUCCUCCCCGACCGUCGUCGGGCGGUAACACAUCGCCACGACCCCCCAUUCCGCCAAAACCCUCCAGGAAACAGGCACCCUUGCCAGUGGAAGAUCCGGAGUUGGUCCUGAGAGCCCCGAACGAGGCCACGACAACGGCACCAAUUCGUAGCUGGAGACACACGCCCGACGUUCUCAUCAAGGGACACUGUAACUAUAUGGCACAUUAUCUCGGGUCCAUGCUGGUGACAGAUGUAAGAGGCACCGUGUCCACAAGACAAGCCUGCGCAAAAAUGAAGAAAUCCACAGAGCAGAUGCAGAAGGUGCCCACCAUCAUCCUCUCCAUCUCUUACAAGGGAGUCAAGUUCAUCGAUGCCAAGUCAAAGAUGAUGGUGAGUGAGCAUGAGAUUCGGAACAUCUCCUGUGCUGCGCAGGACGCAAACGACCUUCACGUGUUUGCCUACAUCACCAAGGACAUGAAGACGGGGAAACACUACUGUCACGUCUUCAGCGUCAACAGUCAGGACCUUGGUUACGAGAUCAUCCUGACUCUGGGGCAGGCAUUUGAGAUUGCCUUCCAGAUGAUACAGCGCGAGAAGGCCAAACGGUCAGCCCUGGCGAUGGAGCGGCAGCUGAGCAGCGGGAGCGACCGGUCCGCCAAGUGGUCCACCAGCAGCCAGGGGUCACAGUCUUCUGUAACGAUGAUGACAGAGGUCCCGCCGGAGUUCGCCGGGCUGAACAUGUCCAAGACGUGAAGAAAAGACGAACGCUGGGCUUCUCUGCCAAACCGGGCAAGAAAACAGUCCUCUGUUACAAGUGUACCAUGCUAUGACAUUGGGAAAAACUGUCAGGGGUAUACUUUCACAGUGCUUAGGACAGGGACAGCCCUAUAUUCCGACAGUCCUGUGUUCCAACCGUCCUAUGUCCUGACGCACCCCUAUGUUCCGACACCCCUAUGUUCUGACACCGGUCCCCUAUAUUCCGACACCACUUUGUUCUGACACCCCUAUUGCACAGUUUGAAAGUCAUUUCUUUGGACACUCAUAUAUUAGUUUUAAGGGCUGUCAGAACAUAGGACUGUCACUGUCUGAACAUACUUAGUCUAGUACAGGAAAUGCUGUUCUUUUAGGACAUACAUGUAUAGCAGGUUAUACAGUGACAGUCAAACUGACCAAUGAACUCCCCAUAUUGAUGAAAGGAGCAUUUUGAUUGGUUAAUGUAGUUGUUAACUAUUGUACUGUACAGAAUGAAUUUGCAUAUGGUGAUAUGUUACCCUUAAAUGGCAACUAACCAAUGAGCUCGCUUCAUUUCCCAAAUGAACAUGGUGAUUGGCUAUUAGGUUGCCUACAUGUAUUAUAAUUGUAACUACAACAGCAUAUUCUGCAUGGGUGUUAUGUUACGCUGCAAUUCAACCUGACCAAUCAGCUCACCUUAUUUCACAGAUGAGCAUUCUGAUUGGUUGUGUUCAAGUUGUUUAUUCUUUUGCUGGGGGACAUUUUUUAAUGUAGCAUUUUUAAAAGACAGAGAACAAAUGCAGUGUGUUACUUAAUAGAAUUUAUAAAACAUCAGAAAGAAUCUUUUAAUUGAUAUUUUUUUGUAUUAAGCAAUGUUUUACCUUAAAGUUUGAUUUUGAGUUUGACUUUACUCAGAUCCACAUUUAGCUGACAAUAUACCUGGAUGUCUAAUCUUCACAAUGCAAUUAUCAACGUGAAAAAUUCAGCUUGAUUUUACGAUAUGUUAGAAUAAUACAAUCUUAAUCUUGUGCCACAGUAAGUAAUUACUUUAAAGUAUGUUUCAUAAGGCAUGGUUAAUUAAGCCAACGAGGGAAUAGCAUUGCUGUUAAAGUUGAGAAAAACUAAGAAUUGAAAUGUCCACUAUACUGUGCUUAAAUACUAGUACAUUGAAUAGUGUACCUCAGAGUCAAGUUCUUUACAUGUGCAUCAUAGUCCAGCGGUAUCCUAUGGUUUGAAACUCUGGAACUUUCUCUGGACCUUCCCAACAUUGACAGUAAUUUGGAAGCACCGACAAACUCGUUAAUUCAUUAGAAAAUGUUUUAGAAUCUGUUAGAAAAUUCCUCGUAAAUGAAUCCUCAGGAAGAUGUAGUGGGCUGCUCAAUUUUACGUUUUGCCCCCCUUUGGCAGUGUAUGCACUUGUGAUGCAGUUUGAAGUUGUGAGCAUCAUCACCACUAACACAUCCUCCUAUGCAGGAACAUCCAACGAUGAAACCG